AGAGACAGCGCCUCCUAUGAGUCGGAGGCCCGGGCGAUAGUGACUUGACGUCACGUGCCGAGGCUUCGAAGUGUGUGUGUCGAGUUGAAUCCAGGAAGAUUUUUGUGGAGCCCGUAUGAUCGAGGCUUGUGAUGAUGACGUAUGUGGUGACUGUUAACAGAGAUUCACCCAGAUGCAGUGGUUUCUGGACAGCUUGACCCGCAAGCUGAUGCUUGCCACUUGGGAGCAUUUGUCAGGCAGGGAGGUGUGAUACCUAGACACUACUUUCUCUUCAUUCUUCAUGAUGGCACACUGUCCACGGCCAUACACAGAGGUGUGCACAGUGAAGUGGUAGACGCCGUGCCCGGAGCAGGUGAUGAUGGCUGUGACUCAGGACUGUAGCCGUUUCCCUCAUUGAGCAGCACAGUGGUGAACAUCAGAACUCCACAGUAACAGUAGCUGUCAAUGCUGUCCUGUUUGGCUGUGAAGGCCACAGUGCCUAGAGAGGGUGACACCUGUUCCCUAUAGAAGCACCAGCAACCCACUGUGCCAACUCAUCAGAGGGGACUGUCAAGCCUGGCUGACGUCACCCAUCCAGCCUCUGUAAUCGAAAGAGACAGUAAUCCUGCUCCUCUCUAAAGCCCGGCAGUGGGGUGGGGUGGGACAGGGAGGGAUAUUGAGACGGAGAAAUGAGGAAGGAAGUUGGAUGCUGGAGAGACGGGAGUGCAUGUAGGCUGUGGACAAGCAGGCAGACUCAGCGCUGAUCUGGGCAAGUGCGACAGGUUUGGUCCUGACUGUCCAAAGGAUAACAGGCACAUCUCAACCAUCCUAAUCCCCUGCUAAAGUUUUAGGGAAUCCCUGUGGAUUGAGGAACCGUCCAUCCAGGCUUCGCCCUGGAGGCCAGAAGCCUCAGUGAGGGCUCUCCAGGGGAGGAAUGCUGCGGGAGCUGCUCAUCUCCUUCUGCACCUCCACUAGAGUUGCCUGCACUCUCUGUGGAGGAGCCGGGUUUCACCACUGUGGAGCUGUGCCAAGAUGGAGAAGACCUCUUCCUGACUGCACCUGAGGGAGGGACGGAGGACAUGAGUGGUCAAGAUCCAAAUGAUGAAGACAUGCAGAGGAAGGACCAGAGAUUGCCAUUUCAGAUAUUCCCCGACCCUGUGGCGGUGUUCCUGCCCCCGGAAACCACCCUGAACAGCCCUGACCAGGGCCACGGGAAGGAGCGUCUGCCCUCCAUUGUGGUUGAGCCCACAGAGUUGAGCGAGGUGGAGAGUGGAGAGCUGCGCUGGCCUCCAGAGAGCAUUGACAUGGACCAAGAUGAGGAGGACCUGUUCCUGGAGCAGUGCAUCCCCCCGGCUAACAUCGCAGACUGGGGAGAGGAGGAAGAAGAGGAGGAAGAGGAGACGUCGGUUAUACUGAACCCACAGCACGGCUUGACACUCAUUGACCUGCAGUCGGAUGCAUUUCGAGAUGACACCCCCACACUUCCACCGAGCAGCGCUCCGGCCCUCUACUGAUUUAACCACAAAAACACCUGCUCCUCUGAUGACCUCGAGAAGAAAAGUCCUUAUCACAGAUGUCAAGGAAACAUUGCAACAAGGUUUUUCCAGAGACAGAAGAUGCGUGGGCUGCAAACCAGCGUAAAGCAAGCACAGCACAGAAUAAAUACAAAAUAACAUAUUCUCACGCACACAAUAGUCAGCUUGCGGAUGUUGGUGCUAAUUGAGCAAUAUGUAUUUUGAAAAAGUCUUUGCUGACAUGGUAACUUAGGAGUUUCAUUUCCCUUCUUACUUCCACAUUUUUAAGGGAUUGAUGAGGUCAUAGAAUUUCCUCUCAUGGUAACAAAAUCUUCUUUAGUUUGUUCAUAACCACACUACGUCUGUGGUUGUUAUACAGCCAUGUACUUAAUUAAACAUCUUCCUCAUCGAUCAACUUUUGACCCAGCUGGUUUCUUCUGAGGACAUGUUCCAGCUCAUACCCUCACAGUGUACAGUAUUUAGUAAAGCGCAGUAAAAUGUGCCGGCUGUUCUCUGCAUCGACUCUCUGUUUUUGCUUUUUCUUGAAAUUGUUGAGCGUUGUAAGUUUGACUGAUCACAUUAUAUCAUGACAUCAUUGCAUCUAUAUCUCAUGGAGGCACCCAUGUGUUAUGACAUAAUGUCAUCGUUACAGACAAAAUUUUCCAAAAGGUUUAAUUUUUCUUUAUUCAACCAAACAAAAAAGAGGGCAGCUCUAGUUGCUUUUCAUUACAACAGUUGUAGAUGAAACAGAUUUGUAGAAACGUGUACUUAAUUUUGUGUAUAGGCUGAUCAGUGAUAUAAAUUGUUUAUAUGCAAAAGUUGUUGCAUUACUGUAAAAUGUGUAUUAUGAAUACAUGAAGAGAAUACAGGAAAUUAUUUUUGGAUGGUUAAUACCGCUUUUUUUAAACAAAGAAACAUUCUAAUAUAAUAAUAAUAAUCAACCAAUAUAAUCCUGGAUCCACCUACAUCAUUACAGCUUUACAAACUGUUUAAAUUGACAGUAUGUUUGAAUUGUCAUCAGAAAUAUUUUUUUGCAACAACUUGUUCAAGAUGAAGUUAUGAUCAGCUUUAGUGAUCCCUGCAGGAAAGGGUGUAUGGUGUUGAAAGUAUAGAAGUAUAUAGAUGCAUAAAUGAUGAAAGGUACUAAUUGCUAAAAAGUGCAGUGAGACCAAACUUAGUCUUGUAAGAAGGGAGCAGAGAAAUAAUUUAUAAGUAAUGAAGAGAGGAGAAGUGAACAAACAACAGUUACUGAGAACAACUUGAAGUAAAUAUUCACUUAUUGUAUGUGCUUUGGGAGAAGGUGUGAUCAAUAAAAUUACAUUAAAACGCUUUUCAUAUUGCAACAUU